GUUGUGGUCAAGCUUGUCAAUGAUUCCUACGGUGAAGAAGUACAUCAAUUGCUGGCUCGCCACAACCUUGCGCCUGCCCUCUAUGGGUAUGCACGUCCCGAAGGUGCUCCCGCUGCCUACGUCAUGGAGUACUUGGAUGAGAAUUGGAGAUCCUUAUUCGACUUGUUGAGACGCGAUUCAUCCCGUCCGUUCCAUCAAGCUAUCUACGCCUCAUUGCAACGUGCUCUCGAUUUGCUCAAGGAAGAGAAUCUCGUACAUGGUGACCUUAGGUCGAACAACAUCAUGGUGAGGAUCACGGAUGGAGAACCGCAGAUCAAGAUCAUCGACUAUGAUUGGGCGGGUAAAGCCGGUCAGGUACGCUAUCCUGCAGCGCGCAAUGAGUCACUCGAUUGG